GUGCUGGUGGAAUAUGAUAAUAGUACGCGGAUGUUUCGACUCAGCUGGUCGCCAACAACUGGUCUGAUUCAUACAAUCACCAGUUCCAGACCAGUCAGUUGGUGUCCUAGUGUCGGUGCUGUGCUGUCGUUCCUUCUGGAUUACCUUAUCGCUACAUUUCUUCGUCUCAUCGUGGUCGUAUAGUGAAGUGUUUUGCGGUUAUUUUUUUUUUAACACGAUAAUUAGAAUAAUAUUCCAUGAUCUUCGUGAAGUUUGUGAAUGUUCCAUGAUUUAUGAUUAUUGUUUGGAGAACUCCGGUGAAAUCUGAUUUGCAGUAAAAGAGAAGAAAAAAAAAGCCGCCGCCGCCGCGGAAGUGUGAGAGAAAAUUCCGCUGCGCGUCAUGGAUAAUGGAAAUCAGCGUUUAUUCGUCUCCGAAGAUUGCGCCAUCAACGGUGAACGCGAAGAUCUUCCCAAAGCCACAUUUCCACAAAAUACCAUCAAUUCAGUCACGUCUUCGAUAGCCGGAUUGCAACACACCGUUACUGAUUCGACGCCGCCGAAAAUUACCUCAGCUCUUAAUAAGGGCAAAUGUGUUAUCAAACCGAUCGCCUUCAAACCAUUAUCACGAAGAUUCAAUGAUUGCGACGGUCAACAGUACGGUUCGACGCCAACGUUAACAAGACCAUCUUUCCAUAUUCCUCACUAUGGAAGUAGCAGCGACUUACUUCGGCAAACCUCACACAAUUAUGUUCCAGUAGAAAGAAAAUUAAGGUCAGCAUCGCCAAUCGCCAUGUCUUCGCUGCCAUUUUCCGUUAACCGUAAAUUAAGAAGCGGUUACGAUAGUCUGGAUAAUAUUAAUUUAAGAAAAACUCCACCUACCUAUAGUUUCAAAGAUUCUAGUACAUAUUCCAAGUCAUCGUUUCGAUCAAUCGAACGAGUAGCAGCGUCCGAAGGUUCGGGCAGCAUGUUAGAUCUGGCCUCAUCUCCUUGCGAGUCUUCUUCAUUUGCCGAAAUGGAGGCUGCUCUGAGGGAACGAGAUUACGAACUGUCGUACCUCAGGCAGACGAUGGAACACAACGAACAAGUCAUAUUUAAAGUUUACCAAGAAAAAGAACACGCUUACGAAAGAGAAUUGAGAAAAAUCAAAGCUCUACACGAUAGCAGACUCAGAGCGGCUGCGCAAAAGUCACUCAAAUUGGAGCAAAUGCUCAUGAUACAGACUUACCAGUUACAAGAAGAAAAGAAACGUUUGAAAGAAGAAAACUCAGACGCAGUGGGUGAAAUCUCAGCCCUCAGAGAGGAAAUAGAUGCUUUAAGAUUACGCUUAGAAGAAACCGAAUGGAAACUUUGUCAGAAAUCCGACGAAUUAAAUCGUCUCAAGACGCAAAUCGACGAAGGCAUUCUACAGGACGACCAUUCCAACAAAGGCGAAGAAAUAUCUACGUUGAAGAACGAAAUUCGUCAACUAAAAUCAUCGGUAUUAGAAAAAGACAACGAGAUCGAUACUCUAAAAGAACAACUAACCAAAACCGGCAUCACCGAUAAAACAGUCCAAUCGGAAAUAUUUAAUUUAUUAUGGCAAUUAGAAAAUGAAGUAACCAGCGAAGAACAAAAAUACAAUAAAGCUGAUUCGGAGAAAAUCAACGAAGAAGAGAAAGAAAACGCUAUUAAUCUGAUUGAUAAAAUUAAAUUAAAAAUUAGCAACGUGAUCAAAAAAUGGCACGAAGAAAGAAAUUCGUGGGAACAAGAGAGAUCUACUUGGGUUACGGAGAAAGAAAAAGUACUAUGUUAUCAAAAACAAUUGCAGUUAAGUUAUAUCGAAAUGUUUCGUAGAAAUAAAACAUUGGAGGCUGAGAUCGAAAACCUAGCUAUCGAAUUGCAUUUAAAUAAUAAUUCUAAAUCGCAUCGUAAAAAAUCUUUACAAAAUAUCACUCACGCUGCAAUUCAACUGUGACAUUUACCGUAGUUUCUAUUUUUGAUUGUUUUUUUCUCUCUCUUUGUAAUACCGUAGAAUAGCGUAUGAGUUUGUAUCGUUUUUUUUUUUUUUUUUUUUUUUAUUAUGUAAAUUAUGUAUUUUUUAAGUAACAAAUUGUACUUUUAUAUGCAUUGUAAUACUUAUAGGUACUCGUAGUACAAUGGUUUUUUUAUUUUAUUAUUCUCGUGUUUUAAAUAAAUGUAUCGCUGAUGUUUGUCACAAUAAACAAUUUUUACUGCAAGGA